GAAGCAUUGGAUCAUCGUUUAAGUGACACCAUGGAAAGACAAUGUGGACUCCUCACAGCUGAGAAUGCCCCAGUGCCUCUCAAGGGUAUCUCCGUCCGCCUGGAGGUGAAGGGGUUUGUGGCCGACCUCUCCGCCAGCCUGGAGUAUGUGAACGAGGAGUCUGACCCUCUGGAGGCCAUGUUUGUCUUCCCCAUGGACAGCGACUCUGCCGUCUACCACUUCCAGGCGCAGGUGGGAGGCAAGACCAUCGUGGCCACCUUGAAGGAGAAGGAGCAGGCCAAGGAUGACUACGAUGACGCCAUCUCCUCGGGACAUCAGGCCUUCCUGCUCCACGAGGACGAGAGCAGCAGCGAUAUCUUCAGAUGCAGCGUGGGCAACCUGCCGCCCGGGGACAAGGUCACCGUCAGCUUCCGUCUGGUCCAGGAGCUGCCGCUGGAGGCCGACGGGGCAGUCAGAUUCACCCUGCCCGCGGUGCUCAACCCACGGUACACUCCCGCAGGUACGCAAGGUCCCAAAAUCAUCAGCGUCUCUGCCCCUGUGGACAAGCUGCCCUACACCUUGCAGCUUGAGGCUGACUUCCACAACCCACUUGGCAUCUCACGGGUCCAGUCCAAUUGCGGGGUUACCCCUGUAGAGUUCCUCAACCCGGAGAAAACGUCAGCCAAGCUCUCUCUGGCAGACGGACAUGGCUUUGACAGGGAUGUGGAGUUCCUGAUCUACUGCGACAAGGUUCAUGAGCCGAGUGCGGUCGUCGAGGGGGGUCUGGAGACGGCCGCUCAAGGGACCCUGAUGGGUGAGGCUGCGGUUAUGGUGAAUCUCUUCCCCAGUUUUCCCCAGACUGCGUCCAAGGCCUCGGUGGGAGAGUUUAUAUUCCUGAUGGACCGUUCGGGAAGCAUGCAUUCGCAGAUGUCCCAGGAGGACAAGAGGCCUCGCAUUGAGUGUGCCCGGGAAACGCUGCUCCUGCUCGUCAAGAGCCUUCCUAUGGGAUGUUACUUCAACAUUUACGGAUUUGGGAGCAGCUUCGUGUCGUUCUUCCGGUGAGUUUUCAUCCCCGAGUCAGGAAG